AUGGAAGGGAAAAAAUCAGUGGGAGUAAAGUGUGGUCCAGAGUGUGGCGUGUGGUCCAGAGUGUGGCGUGUGGUCCAGAGUGUGGCGUGUGGUCCAGAGUGUGGCGUGUGGUCCAGAGUGUGGCGUGUGGUCCAGAGUGUGACGUGUGGUCCAGAGUGUGACGUGUGGUCCAGAAGUGUGACGUGUGGUCAGGGUGUGUGUGGUCCAGAGUGUGGCGUGUGGUCCAAAGUGUGGCGUGUGGUCAGAGUGGCGUGUGGUCAGAGGUGUGGCGUGGUCCAGAGUGUGGCGUGUGGUCAGAGUGUGGCGUGUGGUCCAGAGUGUGACGUGUGGUCCAGAAGUGUGACGUGUGGUCCAGAGUGUGGCGUGUGGUCAGAGUGUGGCGUGUGGUCAGGUGUGGCGUGUGGUCAGAGUGUGGCGUGUGGUCCAGAGUGUGACGCAGGUCAGAGUGUGACGUGGGUCCAGAGUGUGACGUGUGGUCAGAAGUGUGACGUGUGGUCAAGUGUGACGUGUGGUCAGAGUGUGACGUGUGGUCCAGAGUGUGACGUGUGGUCAGAGUGUGACGUGUGGAGGACCCGUGGCCGUGGCCUUGGCUGUGGCCGUGGCCGCCCCAAGGCUCCUCCUGUCCGGCCACUACAUGUUUUUGAUUACCUUGAAGCAAAUUCUGAAUAA